AUGAUUUGUAAGAGUGAGUGUUGUUAUCAAGAAUGCUGUGAAGCAGAGGAGAAAAGCCAACAAACAAAUGCGAACAAUGUUGAUUUGGUUGGUCAGCAUUCUAUCAUGGUGGCAGAGAAUCCAAUUACUUAUAGGAUUAAAACCACUAUUUCGAAUAACAACACUCACUCUGAUGAUGAAAACAUUAGCAGUACUGAUGAGUUAGAAUGUGCGAAGGAAACUCAGCCUUUUGUUCAGCAGGGCAUUGUUGUGGAGAUCCAAAGUAGCAAAGAAGAUGCUAUAGUAGAAAUUCAAAAUAGAAAUGAGGUUUUUCUUAAGAACUCAUGGGCUAACAUGAAUGAGGUUUUUCUUAAGAAAUCCAAAAGGGCUGAUACUAUGAAUAUGUUUCGGCCUAUUGCUCUCUCGAACUUUAAGUACAAGAUUAUAUCUAAGAUUUUAGCUGAUAGACUUUCCUCCCUCAUGUCUUCGCUCAUUUCCAUCGAACAAAGAGAAUUCAUUAAUGGGAGAAACAUCAGAGGCUACACUUGUUUCGCUUCAUAA